AUGCCGCUGACACAAGAAAAACGUUUGGAUACCAAUUUUUCCAAUAACAAUGACCAUAGCUACCUUCAUAAGAAGUUCAAGAAAAUGGCAUCUACAUUGUCGACGCUUCCAAAUAAUUCGGUAAAAGGAGAAGAAAGCGGACAGAAAGAAACGAGUCAAACACAUGUAGCCAGUAGUGAUACAAUUACAAAUGGAAGUAUUGCAGCAGCUCACCCUGAAAUAGAGAAAAUUAAAGAUAAAUAUGAUAAACAAAACAAUGAGUCAGAGAAAAAUGUACAAAUUAAUUAUAACGAUGAAAAUUUUAGAUUAAGUGAUGUAAAUAAUUUUGUUCAAAUUUCUGGUAAAACCAGUUUUUCUGAAGAAUUUUUAAAUAAGACUGAUAACCUUGAAAACGAUUUUAUAAAAGAAGCUUACAGUGGAGGUUCUGGGCGCUAUGUGUGCCCAUAUUGUAAAUUAUCAUGUGCCAAACCUUCAGUUUUACAAAAACAUAUCAGAGCUCAUACCAAUGAGAGACCGUAUCCUUGCAUACCUUGUGGAUUUGCUUUUAAGACUAAGUCAAAUUUAUACAAACACCGAAGAUCAAGAACACAUGCUUUAAGAUCCCAAGGAGGUGAUCUCGUUACAACAAUUAACGAAGAAGACUUAUCAGGUGGUUCAGAGAGUGACACAUCAAUACCACCCACUUCGACAUCUGAUGCUGGCUCAGAUGCUUCUAUUAUCCGUUUAGAAAAUAACAGAUGUAAUGAAUUUUCCUCUCCUGAAUUACCAAGCGACAAUGCAUCUAUAAGCACUACAUCUUCUUUAAGUGAUAACAAGAAGUCUAAAUCAAUUUAUAAACCCAAGUUCAGAGCAGCGUUUUAUCAAGGUAGUGAUGAAAAAGAUAAGAUAAAGAAAUCUAUUUCACAAAAUGCUGAUUUUCUUACGGAACAUAUCUCGAAAAUUAUAUCAGACAAUGAAGCCAUUGUUGAUGUUAUUGAGACUCCUUUACAAAAAAAAUAUGGUAAAAUUAAGCAAAUUGCAGAAAGUAAAUUGUUUUUAAGUGAUAUAGAAAUUAAAUCUGAAAUCACACCAUUAAAUUUAACAAAAAAUAGCUAUGAAAGUGAUACUAUUAUGAGAAAGCGAUCUCAUUCGGAAAGCUUUGCUCAGCUUGUUGAAGAUCAAAAACACCCCUUAAAUCCUGAAGGUUCAAUAAUAAAAGAUCUCUUACUAAAAACUAAAGCUAAUGGACUUAACUCUUUGACUAAUGAGUUGGUUGAUGGACUAGGAACUCUUUAUGUUUGCCCAUUAUGUCAAAUAGUAUACAGAAGUGCUGAUAAUUUAGAUAUACACAGACUGUAUUAUUGUAAAGGUACCAUGAGUAAUAAUUCCACAGUAAGUAAUACCACAUUAAAAGAUAUUAAAAGUGCAAGACCUGAUAACAUGUAUGUUAGAAGUAAUUCUAUAAACGUUCGAUUACCCGAAAAUCCAAUUAGUCCUCUAUCAAGAAUAAAUAUUUCUACAAAAUCGCCACCACUGAAAAAUAAACCAGAUAAUUUAAUUAUAAUAAAGUCGGAUUCCAACGACAUCGUUGCUCCUUUGCCAUCGCCAGGCCCAUUGCUCGGAAACACAAGACUUGUAGAUACCAGAAUUCCAUCUGAGUUCAAUAAGAAGACUGAAAGCUUAAAACUUAAACCCAAAGAAUCUAGCCCGAAACGAAGAUUGGAUAGCAGAUCGGACACUUAUAGCCCAAGACCAAUUGAUAAUAGCUCACCUCGGUCAAGUGAUUUUUAUUCACAGCCUAAGAUUAGGUGCAUGGAAGUUAAUUCAGUGUCAUUAAGAUCAAUGGAAGAAAUUUCACCACACAUCCGGCAUAAUUCUACUUCAUUGCAAAUGUUUGGGGGCGAAGUAAAAAUAGUUGAUCACUCGGGCAGUACGACAACAUUACGUAUUGAACCAAGUAAAACACAAUUAUCUCCUAUAUUAAUACAUCAAAACCUUUCGCCUUCAAAAUAUGCAAAUGACUCAGAAGCAAGCAGUGUUGUUGUAAGGUCAGGUCUACAUUCUGGUGGAACCAUUGUUCAUAAUCCUCCUACACCAAAAGAAGUAAUUUCUACACCACAAAAUCAGGCUCCUAGAGCAUCAGUGUCGACGCCAAAUUCUCAAAAUGCUAAUUUAAUAAGCGUUCACGAUAUAACUCACUUUCAAUUUCCUCCACUUAGUGCUAUAACUGCAUACAAUCCAUUAACUUUACCACCGUUAAGCCCGUCGACGUCACCAAAUGGUGCCACAACUAUAUUACAUGGUGGUAAAAUGAUACCCCAUGUACCAGGAAUACCAGGACCUAAUACACCUGGGGUGUAUGUGGGAAAUUCAAGCACGCAAAUAAAAAAUAACGAAAAUUACAAAAUCAUGACAAAAACUACACAUGAAAGUUCACACGAUAGUGUUUCUUAUAACUUACAUACAGGAAAAGGAAAUCCAAUUUUAAAUUAUGACAAAGUCUUAAAUUCUCGAAGCCCGAAUAUGAGAUCUACUCAUACAGAAUUAGAAAGACAUAAUCCAUAUAAGGACAACUAUGUAACCGAAAUACAAAACAGCUCUACUGUACCAAUCAUUAAAAUAAAGCAUGUUGAUGAACCCACCAUAGCAAAAACGUUUACAUUGAAUAAUAACACCAGAACGACGAUGCGAAAUGAUGGAGCAAUUAAGCGAAAUGCUGAUGGUCUUCCCAGGAUACCCGUUUUAAAAGAGAAUACCAAUUAUUUAUUCAGUAAGACUAAGAAUAAAGAGGCCAGUUUCCAUCAUUCCCCCAAAAUUUUAGAUAUAAAGUCGGAAAAUGAAAUAAAGAACUUUAAUUUUGAGAAUUUAAUUACUAAAUCUGAAAUAUAUAAUAAUCAAGUCCAAAGCUCUACAGAAGUACAAAAAAACUUUAAUGAACAAGAAACAGUAGUUUCUGUUUCGGUACAAAAUGAGAGAUCAGAAACAUCUUAUUUUCAAAAAAAUUCAGCUGUAAAACCUAUCUCCGAAGAAAGAAAACCAAAAUUUUUACGGCCGUCAACUCUGCCAUUGAAGCCAGGGACGUUCACUCCAAAGAGACAUCACGGAAUAACACCAAACGCAAAUACAAUGCCUUUAGUAUCUCCAGAAACUCCUCGUCCGGCUAAAGCUUACGGUCAACUUUAUCUAAACGGCAAUGCGUAUACAUAUUUAGGUCUCAAAUGUUCAACGAAAGCUUUUUAUUGUACGAUAAAUCGCCCACAGCCGACAUAUGUACCUAAUCAACAUUUUCUGUCCAUGUAUAGUAAUUGGCAGUUAUUAUCUGAGCUGACGCCAGACCCGCUGGGAUUGUCAGCGUCGUCUGCUAUGUCUUUAUAUGACUCACGUCAUCGACCGCAAAACGUGGCCGUCGCUGUGAUUAAACAGGAUCUCAUAUUGACUCAUUCAUCGCAAUGGAAUAAAAAUUCGAAGGACGGAAAACAGACUAUACAAUUAAUGGACUCAAAAAAAUCAGACGAUUUAAAAAACGUUUGUGAUAGUACCAACACACCUAAAAAAGAAUUGGCAGGAGGUUUUGAAAGUAACGAGGAAUAUACUUAUGUACGUGGACGUGGUAGAGGACGCUACGUAUGUUCGGAAUGUGGAAUUCGUUGCAAGAAACCUUCGAUGUUGAAAAAACACAUACGAACUCACACCGACGUGCGACCAUACACGUGCAUACAUUGUGUUUUUAGUUUUAAAACAAAAGGCAACUUGACGAAGCAUAUGAAAAGUAAAGCGCAUUAUAAAAAAUGUUGUGAACUAGGCAUAAACCCGAACGAAGGCAAUGAUAUGGAGGGCCCCGAAAUGACACAAUCUGGCGAAACAGAUGAUGAUACUGAUUCUGAAGGCGAUGAAGGAAACGAAGGAGAAACGGAAUCAAGUGAUACUGAAAUAUGCAAGUCCCGUUUACCAGAACAUGAGGCCGCCCACUGUCUGCUAUCUUUGGGCAGCAGUAGGCCAGCAACCUCGGCAACUCCGGGCCUCAUAACUAGUGCAAGGCCAACUACAUAUCCCUAUACACCUAUGUUAUUAGACAGCAUGGCAGAUAUGACCUCAGAGGCCAUGCAAGUUGUGCAGACUCCGGUUUUAGAUACCAGAAUGGAUGCAGAUAAUGAACCAAUGGACUUGAGCAAGAGCGAGCCGAAAACUCCUGUAAAUGCAGGAUUGCCAGAAAUACCUACUGCGCGAGAAUCUAGUGUAUUGGCGUCGUUAGCAUCAAAUACGGCCAAACUUCCCCAACAUCAAAGUCAAUGGGUAAAUGGAGAGCCGAUGUUACAUACAUAUUUAACAGAACGCGCGCUAUUAGACACAAAAAUUAAGCAAAGUCAGUUUACCAGCAACUCUAAAAUAAGAAAAAUUGAUCUAGAAAAUUCUAUCUAUUCUGAAAAGGAGUCUACCGAUAAAAACGUUAAAAAUACAAAUUCUCUAAACAACUCUCCCAAUAAUGUGAAGUUGAAUACUUGUAAUGAAGCUAUAAAUUCUGGCAUACCUAAGGAAGAUAGUAAUUUUAGUGAAAAUUCGCAAAGUUCAAUCAUUCAGAAUAACGAAAACAGAUCUCGAACGCCUAGUAAUUCUGAAAACGCUAAGCAUGUGGUCUCUGAAUACUUAAAACACGCUCGAAUAAUGAAGACUCUUGAUGACCCUAUUCCAAAUCAUCCCGAUUUAUCGAGCGAUGAUAGUAAUAGUGGAAAAUUGAAUUUGGACGAUAAAACGAAAAUAGAUGACAUCGAUGGUGAUGGCAUUAAAGUGGCGCCAUCAGAAUAUGAUUCUGUCGCGCCAAAAGUUGUUAUUGGGGUUGGAGGUGUAGCUUUCAAAGUUACGAAAGGAAAAGAUUUUGAAGGAACGCCUUACUCGCCUGGGAAAUUGAUGGAAGACGGGCGCAGAGUCUGUGACUUUUGCAACAAAACAUUCACUAAACCAUCUCAGUUAAGAUUGCACCUGAACAUACAUUACAUGGAGAGACCGUUCAGGUGUAGCGUGUGUGCUGUCAGUUUCCGAACGAGGGGACAUCUUCAAAAGCACGAGCGCUCAGGUUCUCAUCAUAACAAAGUUUCAAUGACAUCUACUUUUGGGGCGGCGACUUCAUUUAAUCCACGCCCUUUCCGUUGUUCGGAUUGCAACAUUGCGUUUAGAAUACAUGGGCAUUUGGCUAAGCAUUUAAGGAGUAAAAUGCACGUAAUGCGUCUCGAGUGCUUAUUCAAAUUGCCCUUUGGUACUUUUACGGAGAUCGAGCGUGCAGGUCUGAGUCUGACUGACAUCGACACAACAGACUGUGCUAGCUCGUUAGCUAGCUUGCAGUCAUUGGCUAGGAAACUACAUGAGAAAGACCCCACUAAGUUAGAAUAUAGGGAGCCCAAUCUGGUCUCAGCACUGCCCCCGGCGGGCAGAGAGUCUUCCGAGGACGAGGAAGCUGUGAUCUCGGAAAAGACUUGUGACAGUGUUAAAGAUAGUGAGAUAAAAACUAUUGAAAAUAGUGACAAUCACGAAAUAGAGAGACAAGUUAACUAUAGUGCCACAGAUAAU